AUGAUUGAGAAUUCUCAAAUUUAUUAUGUCCUUGCCUUGGGCAUCGUCAUACUCUGUGUUAAUGCAAUUUUACCCCGCAAGUCUGAACACAACUCCAUGGAGCCAGUUCGCAUUCCCUCAACUAUACCAUUCAUUGGCCAUUUUAUGGGUCUCUUCCGACACAGAAAUGAAUACUACAAUCUUUUGAGUCAAAAAUGGGAUUUUCCAAUCUUCACUAUCAGCAUGCUCCAUAAAGACAUUCAUAUCGUUACUUCAGCCGACUUCAUUCCAUCUCUUCAUCGUCAAUAUAAAGCAGUUUCGCUGUGGGAGUUGGAGGCACAAUUCACAGUGAAAUUGGCUGGCUUGACUCAAGCUGCGGCAGAAAGGAUGCACACUAAUAUGUCCUCAGAAGAGAAUCCAAGUCUAAUGCUUCAAGGAAUCAAGGUGAUUCAGGGUACACUCGCUUCCACGGAGUCCAUAAAAAAAAUGCUUCGUAUCGGAACACUAGCUACGAAGAAUCAGCUAGAUAAUUGGGCAAAUCCAGCCGAAAACAAUCAAAACAACAAGGUCAACUUAUUAGAAUGGUUGCAACACCAAUUGACCCUUGUCAUUACAGAAAGUUUGUAUGGGGAUAAAAACCCUUACCGGGAUCCAGAGGUCGAAGCAGGAUUUUGGGCUUUCUCUGACGGUUCAUUGAGACUUUUACUACCGGAUUUUCUAUCGAACAUCAUCGCUACUGAAGCUGUACGCGGUCGAGCUGCAGUCGUAAAGGGAUUCCAAGAAUACUUCUCGAGCGGCGGACAAACUGGAGGAUCAGAUCUCAUGAAAAAUAGAUUUGAAUUGUUAGUUGAUCAUUCGGACAGUCGUCACAGCGACCUAGCGAAAAAUGAAAACCUGAUCAAUAUUGCGGCCUUGUCCAACACAGUUCCUUCGGCAUUUUGGGUUCGGAACCAAGUAGGAGAAUUGACAACAUCCGAAGUUUCGGCUCAAGGAGAGACAAUUUGUAAGAUCGAUCUACAGAAGCUGAUUCAACUACCAAUCCUUUCUUCCUUGAUUUUAGAAACUUUGAGAUACCGAUCAACUGGUACUGGACCCCGUCUCGUUAUGGAAGACACGUUUGUCGGCAAAGAUCAACAAUACCUACUUAGGAAAGAUUCCCUGGUAAUCAUCGCUAACAAGAGACUACACUUUGACAAGCGUGCAUGGGGAGAGACGGCAGAUUCCUUUCGUUUCGAUCGAUUCUACGGUAAGACUCCUGCAAGCGCAUUCCGCGUCUUUGGAGGAGGAGCGAACAGGUGCCCAGGUCAAGGAAUUGUGACAAAUAUCAUUGCAGCUUUCGCAGGAAUGUUUGCGAUGAGAUUUGAUAUCAUUCCGAACGGAAAUGAUUGGACUGAUCCAGGUCAAGAUCUCGAAAACAUGUCUACUCAGACAGGUCCGCCAAAGAAGGAGUUUAUGUUCCGUAAACUCGUGCUAGAUACGCCCGCGAGGCAAGCUGGAACGGGAGACAAAAGUUCAAGCAUUGGCGCAACUCCCAGACGAGAUGGCGCAACACCAUCUGCCCUUGGUUCUCGAAUGCGAAGUUCCAUACCCAUGACACCCCGCUCAGUAGGUGGUGUUGAUUUCGCACGUCAAGUGGCUGAACAACGAGCUCUUAACAAUCCUUCGCAACCAAAGAAAUUUCGCUCAGUCGCCGCACCUAAAGGUUCGAAACUCGCAGCUGGAUAUACCGAUCGCACCAAACAGCGCAUUGAUGAGGAUGAAGAUGAUAAAGCCUCCAGAGUCAAGGCGCUGGAGGAAAUGAUGAAAUUACAACAGAUUGACGAGUCUACAUUUUUAAAAUUGAGGGACGAGAUAUUGGGUGGUGAUGUUCAAAGCACGCAUUUAGUAAAAGGGCUGGAUUACAAGUUAUUGGAGCGGGUUAGGAGGGGUGAAGAUGUUUUGAGCGGAAAUAAUGAAGACGAAGAUGAUGCUGAAGAGACAGGGAAUCUGGACGACGAGUUUGAGAGGUUGGAGGAAAAAGACGUGGUUGCUGUUGAGAAGGAGAAGAGCAGAAAGAAGGGAGAAAUGGCACCACCAAGUUUGAUUCCGGGGAAGAAAAGGACUAGGGAUCAGAUUCUGGCAGAGAUGAAAGCGGCAAGGCAAGCGGCAAAGGAGGCAGCUCAGCCGUCUUUAGGAGCAAGAUUCAAAAAAGUUGGAGCUCCAAAAUCUACAAGCAGGAUUGAAAUGGACGGGAAAGGGCGGGAGGUUCUCAUUAUUGUUGAUGAGAAUGGAAACGAGAAGAGGAAAGUUAGGAGACUGCAGGCGGAACCGGAAGUGGAGAAAGGGCAUGGUCUACUAAUGCCUGAUAAGGAUGCAAUACCAUUAGGUAUGGAAGUUCCAGAAAUACCAAAAGAACCAGAACCAGAAGAAGAAGAUAUCGAUAUAUUCGACGAUGCGGGAGAUGAUUAUGAUCCAUUAGCUGGGCUUGAAGACGGAGAUUCAGAAUCAGAUGCGGAAGCUGAAGACGGAGAAGUCACGGAAGAUAGUCAACGAAAGAAGCCCAAGAUUCAAGAUUCGCCUCAAGAUUCGCCGCAAGAUUCGCCGCAAGAGCCAGCUGUGUCCAGAAGUAUGGCACCACCUCCACGACCUAACAAACCUAGAAACUACUUUGGCGAAUCCGAACCUGAAACAACAUACAAUGAGACCAAGCCAAAAGCUUUCAGUGAUCCGACUAUUCUCGCCGCCCUCAAGAAAGCCUCAACUCUUAACCCUAUAUCCAGAGUUCCCGAAACAGCAGAAGAAGCCGCAAAGGAAGCGCGGCGGAAGAAGAUGCUCCAACAGGAUGAUCGUGAUAUGGAGGACAUGGAUAUGGGAUUCGGAAGUAGUCGAUUUGAAGACGAAGCUGAUUUUGACGAGACGAAAGUCAAGCUAUCAGCGUGGGGUCAGGAAGACGAUGAUGAAGAUGAGAAAGGGGAAGGUAAAUCCAAGAGGAAAAGAGGAUCGAAGAAGAGGAAGGGGGAUUCAAAUAGUGCUGCGGAUGUCAUGAAGAUCGUCGAGACAACGAUGCCUCCUCGAAGAUCCGGUCGAAAUGCUAAUACUGCAACUGCAGAUGUUCCAGGAACUGAAGCCUCGUCUGCUGCAGCCAAGAAGGGUGGAAAAGAUAUAAAAACUGAGAAUACCGAGGUUCCAAAGUUAGCUGCGAACAGCAUCCGAAGCAAAGCGAAAGAAGAUAGUGGCAAUUUCGAAGACGGAGACGAAAAUGAAGAAGAAAAGAAAGCUAUUGAUCUCCCGAAAACAGCUAAGACCGUUGAUGUGAAGAAGGAGGCUAUAGUGGUCACAAACAAAAAAGCUCCCGUGAAACGCAAACUCAAGCAAGAGGAGGACGAAGGCGAAGAGGACAAGGAAGAGAAGAAGGUUACGAAAAAGAGGAAAACAAAAGAAGAAAAAGAAGCUGAAAUUAUGCCAUUGGUAGAACGUACUUUGGUUUCGAGUUUAAAAAAGGCUAUACAUAUCGGCGCUCAUGUUAGUGGUGCAGGAGGCGUCCAAAAUUCAGUCAAUAACUCUUUACGUAUCGGUGGCAAUGCAUUCGCUUUGUUUCUCAAAUCUCAACGGAAAUGGGUCAAUCCUCCUUUAGCUUCUGAAGCUCGCGAUCAAUUCAAGGCUUUAUGUAAAGAACAAAAAUACGAUGCCUCGAAAUUCGUUCUUCCACAUUGUUCAUAUCUAGUCAAUCUAGCGCAACCAGACGAAGAGAAAGCCAAGCAAGCAUACGAUUGUUUUCUGGACGAUCUGAAAAGGUGUGAAGAGUUAGGCAUAAAACUUUACAACUUUCAUCCGGGAAGUACAGGUGGCAAUCCAAGACCGGAAGCAAUCGGGCGUAUCGCGACCCAAUUGAACAAAGCUCACAAAGCGACAAAGACGGUAAUCACACUGUUGGAGAAUAUGGCAGGAGCUGGAAAUGUAAUUGGUUCCACAUGGGAAGACCUUCGGGACAUUAUUGCUCUUAUUGAUGAUAAAUCCCGAGUUGGUGUUUGUCUAGAUACAUGUCAUACAUUUGCUGCAGGAUACGAUUUGAGAUCACCCAAAGCUUUCAAGGAGACUAUGGAUGGGUUCGACAAGAUUGUUGGAUUACCAUACCUAAAAGCUUUGCAUCUCAAUGAUAGCAAGUCACCGUUAGCAUCAAAUCGAGAUUUACACGCCAACAUCGGUACUGGUUUUCUUGGCCUUCGAGCAUUCCACAAUGUCGUAAACUUUGAACCAUUUCAAGAUAUGCCUAUGGUUCUCGAAACACCAACUGAGAAGAAAGAUGCGAAGGGAAAGACUGUCGAGGAUCCAUCUACGUGGGCUAAGGAAAUUAAAUUACUCGAGGGACUACUCGAAAGAGAUCCUGAAAGCAAAGAGUUCAAGGAAGAAGAGCAACGCUUACAGAACUUAGGAGCAGAUGAACGGAAGAAGUUUCAGGGCCAAGCUGAUAAGAAAAAGCAAGAAGUCCUCAAAAAGGGACAAAAGACUCUUGAUUCAAUGUUCAAAAAAGGAUCAGCAAAAAAGGGCAAGAAAGGCGCGAAGGAGAGCGAUGGCGAGGAAUCUGAAGAUGGUGGCUGUUCACAUUGA